CCCUCUCUUUAUAUACAUUACAUGGAUAUGAAUAUGGAUGAUGUCCUUCCAUUAUGAAGGUAGCAAUCUGAGUAGCAAACUACUGUGAUCUUUUGCUACGUUCUUCUGGUUUCCCAGUGUGGAGCUUGUGCUUUUAGUCGAUAAUAAAUAGGGGAAGGUGUCGAAGAAACUUGCAAGGCAAUCAGUCAAACCUUCCCAAAUUGGAAGGGAAAACAAGAACAAAUUCUUGUAGUUUCAAUCAUUUAUUUGACAAAAUGACUCCACGAAGACGUACCGAAAAGUCAAACGAGGGUCAGACACGUAUGGAUGCAGCUAUUGAUGCAAUGCGAAGUUAUGGGUUUCGCAAGGAAGUGACUGUCACUGCGGUGGAAGAGCUUUUGAAUGUUUAUGGUGGUGAUGAGGGAUGGCCAUUUAUUGAAGAGACUUCAUAUAGCACCCUGGUUGACAGAAUUCUUGAAAAUUUCGGGGAAGAGGCGGAGGAAAAGGAUGAUUCCUUACCAAGUGAUGGUGGCGAUGGAAACAAUGCUGAAGUAUCAAGCGAGGCUCUUUUACCUACAUGCCCCGAUGAGGAGUCUAUAGACUUUUAUUUGCCGUCUAACACAGAUCUAGGUAUAGCAUCAGAGACUUAUAAUAAUGUGGCUCCAGCAUCCACUGCAUUACAGGCUGAUACAAUUGGCGGAGACGGAAACAAUGCUGAAGUAUCAUGUGCAGGGCCAUCAAGCGAGGCUCUUUUACCUAUGUUCUUCAAUGAGGAGGCUAUGGCAUUUCAUUUGCAGUCUAACCUAAAUCUGGGUAUAGGAUCAGAGACUUAUAACACUCCGUCUUUAUCAUCCAAUGCAUUACAGGCUGAUACAUCUGAAUAUAAUGCAUGUUUACCAGGACCUGAAGGAGAAGGAACUAGUGGCAAGGGCAUCAACUUAGACCAAGGCUCCAAGGGGACGCAAGUCAUGAGCAGUUUCUGGCAAACAAAUAUUCGCCCCCCAGGAGCAGUGGAAGCUCUUCCAAGCCGAAUUCGUAAUCCCUGGCAAACAAAUUUUCGCUCCCCAAGAGUAGUGGAAGCUUUUCCAGGGCAAAAUCGUCAUCCCUGGCAAACAAAUAUUCGCUCCCCAGUGGUAGUAGAAGCUCUUCCAAGCCGAAAUCGUAAUCAUCCCUGGGAAACAAAUAUUCGCUCCCCAGUGGUAGUAGAAGCUCUUCCAAGCCGAAAUCGUAAUCAUCCCUGGGAAACAAAUAUUCGCUCCCCAGUGGUAGUAGAAGCUCUUCCAAGCCGAAAUCGUAAUCAUCCCUGGGAAACAAAUAUUCGCUCCCCAGUGGUAGUAGAAGCUCUUACAAGCCGAAAUCGUAAUCAUCCCUGGGAAACAAAUAUUCGCUCCCCAGUAGUAGUGGAAACUUUUCCAGGCGGAAAUCGUAAUCAUCCCUGGCAAACAAAUAUUCGCUCCCCAGUAGUAGUGGAAGCUUUUCCAGGGCGAAAUCAUAAUCCCAGGCAAACAAAUAUUCGCUCCGCAGUAGUGGAAGCUUUUCCAGGCCGAAAUCAUAAUCCCUGGGAAACAAAUAUUCACUUCCCAGGAGUAGUGGAAGCUUUUCCAAGCCAAAAUCAUAAUCCCUGGCAAACAAAUAUUCGCUUCCCAAGAACUGUGGGAGCUCUUCCAAGCCGAAGUCGUAGUCCCUUGCAAACAAAUAUUCACUCCGAAGGAGGAGUGGAAGCUCUUCCAAGCCGGAGUCACAGCCCUUUUUAUGGAUGGGUUAGUAGUGAUGAUGAGGAGGAACCGAACCAUUAGAUAGACAUUUGCAAAUAUAUUGAAUGCAGCAGAUGUUUCCAGGAAUAGCUAUGAGAAGAUGGGACGCAAGGCCUGAAGAUGUGGACCCUUGUAUAGCUUUACCUUUAUGAUUGCAAGAGAGGUUAUAUCUAAACAUGAUGAUCUAGUGAUCAAACACUUAAACUAGUUUCUCCAUAUUGUUUCUGUAAAUACUUUCGCAUCCCUUAGGAAAAAAUACACAUGUAGGUGCAUUCACAUAAAGCAGAAAUUAUAACCAAUGUGCCGUAUGUAAAGACCAAGCGCGUGCUUAUAUUGAUGGGGCAUGAUCAAGGAUGAGGCUUUCUUGAUGGAGCAUAUAUUGAGCUUGAUAUGUAGGUUUAACAUUUGGGAUUCAUAUGUGAAAUUGCUCAAACAUAACUUCUGUAUAAUCAUUUUCAAAACGAUUCUAUAUAAGGAAUUACUAAUGCGAACUAAGGUUUUGUUUGUUUUACGAUAAUGCCUGGGAAAUGGAAUGAUAGCGAGGAUAGAGGAGAAGAGAGAUUACAGAUG